CUGCUUUUGCUAGAGUUGUGUGAAUGCUCGCCGUGCACUUCACAUGUGUUGCUAAAUUUGUUUGUAAAUGAUGGGUUUUCAAUACAUUGUACGACAGGCGGCAGCUGAAGAUUGUCAAGAUAUAUUGAGUUUAAUCAAAGGGCUUGCUGUUUUCGAGGGUGAAGAUCCAGAAGAAGUUGUUAAAAUUACAGAGAAAGAUUUAAAAGAUGAUGGUUUUGGAGUUAACCCCCUCUACAAAUGUCUGGUGGCAGAAGCAACAGAAGAGACGCCUAAAGAAGUUGGUGAUCAUAGAUCAAAAGUCAUAGCAUAUGCCAUGUAUUUUAAUUCGUACAGUACAUGGCAAGGAAAGAUAAUGUAUCUGGAGGACCUUUAUGUCAGUCAAGAACACCGAGGAAAAGGUGUUGGAAAGGCACUUUACUCCAAAGUAGUAAAGAUAGCACUUGAGAGUAGUUGUUGUCGUAUGCAGUGGUUAACUCAAAGCUACAAUGACAAAGCCUUACAGUUCUACAAGUGUUUCAAUGCCAUUGAUGCCACAGAAAAGGAAAGCUGGAAGCUACUUAAGCUAGAAGGAGAGCACUUUGCUAACAUCGUCGCUAGCAUGGAUAACGGACCAGGGUCAAACAUUCAAUUUCUUUUAUAAAGAAGUUGUUGUGAAAGUAAGAAUGAUACAAUCCCUGAUUUUUUCAUUUGCCCAAGUGUCGACUGAGAAAACAACACAAAACAAGAAUGGUGAAUCUAUCCACAUUCAGCGAGGUGACAGCUGGUACCUACCUCAUUGCUCUGGCCGCAGCAUUUCCAAAUGGACACCGACCCUAAGAAAUAUGAGAGACAACUCAUUCAUGAAUUGUCUCAACUAGGAUUCAAAAGUAUCGGGGUGAAAAAUUAUCCAAAACAUAAUUACCUUGAUGCAAAUCCUUUCUCUAAAUAAUUUAUUUUGUUAUUAACAGCGGCACGACCCUUCCAUGGCAUAAUCAGCAUAGCUCGAAACAUGACAUUUCAAGAAUAAAAGUACAGAGAUAAACUCACUCACUCACUCGGUCGUCCACAGGCAGCUCGAGUAUGGCUUUUCCAAGUCAGGCCUGGAAUUUCAUCUUUCAGAGGGCAAGGCCAUUUUCAUUUUGCAAAGGGCACUUCCAUUGGAAAGUGG